UGCAGGUGCUUUGAAGAUACCUUUCUUAUUCUUAACUAAUGGAGGUGGCUUGCCUGAAUCUAAACGGGCAUCUGAGAUGAGUCGUUUAUUAGGUGUUAAUGUUUCUCCAUUGCAGAUGCUACAAGGACAUUCACCUUUCCGGAAGCUUGUGAACAAGUUUGGAAAUGAGCUCGUUGUUGCAGCUGGAAAAGGGGAACCUGCUGCGGUGAUGUCUAAUUAUGGUUUCAAAAAUGUCAUUUCAAUGGACGAAUAUGCCUCUUACUUUGACAACAUUGAUCCCUUGGCACCAUAUAAGAAAUUUAUGAUCGGGCAGGAUGGUCACAAGGAGCUUAGAUCAAGAGAAAAUGUUCUAUCCCAAAGAGUUCAGGCAGCAUUUAUUGUUAGUGAUCCAGUCGAUUGGAGCCGAGACAUCCAGGUUCUUUGUGACAUUUUACGAACUGGAGGACUUCCUGGGAAAAAAAUUGGACCUCAACCUCAUUUGUAUUUUGCCAAUGACGAUUUAGACUACCAGACUGCGUUUCCUACUGAACGUCUUGGCAUGGGAGCUUUUAGAAUCGCAUUAGAAUCAAUCUUCAACAGAAUCCAUGAUAACCCUCUGGAGUACACAUCUUUUGGCAAACCAAAUCCAUUUGUGUUCAAGAACGCAGAAGAUGUUCUGAAAGAAAUUGCCACAUCCCCUGAUUCCUUAAAACAAGGAAGUCGCCACUUCAAGACCCUCUAUAUGAUCGGAGACAACCCCAAAAUCGACAUCAGAGGCGCACGGCAGGCCGGGGCUCCUUGGUUUUCAAUCUUAACAAGAACCGGAGUUUUCAAAGGGAAAGAUAACCAUGCCGAGUUUCCUGCUGAUCUGGUAGUUGACACCGUUGAGGAAGCAGUUGAUUUUAUUUUGACAAGAGAAUCGGCGAAGCAAAGCUUACUGAUGAGUUAGGUGACCUUGACUCUCAUUUUUUCUGGCCAGUCCAAGUAUCUCUUGACGAUUUGAGACUUUAUUCAACUUUUUAAACAUAUUGGUGAUUUUCACGGCGAGGCCAAAGUAAACAGAAUCUAGAGUAACAUAUUGAAUCCAGAAGUCUUCUUUUUGACACAAAGUCACAAAGGGUUUAUCGAUUGUUUGAGAUUAUAUUCAACUUUUUUAUAAUACUGUGAUCUUCAUAAUUGUGAUUACAUUAUUACUAUACUAAAUCGAAAGAUCAUUAUUUUGGUUUUAAA